CUUUGUUUGAAAAAACCAUGACACACACCAAUUCAUAGCGUCAGGGGUUAAGAGGGGCAAACGGCUGCGGAACAAUGACGGCUUCAAUGAUGACAGCUUCCCGCUGCAGGUGCGUUCUAGCCCUCGAACAUGAGGCUCAAAAGCACCAACAAGAACGGACGAGCAUGUGAGACCUGGAAAUCAUCGCCACCGCAUGGUAACCAGAUGGAAAAUACGUGGGCCACAUGCACUGGAAGUCAGUCUAAACUUUGCGAAAGAACGGUGUGCGGCAGCGUGGCUUUCGUCCUAAACGGAAUCCGGCAAGCGGCCAGUACAGUCGCUUCGAAGAUAAUGCUCAAGGAGCCAGCUUCCAUACGGGUAGAACCGACGGACAGCCCUGUGCUAGACGACGAGGCGCCUGGUGUACCCAACCAACGCACUCUUGACCUUGGGCUGGCCCAGGCAAAAGGGUUCAUCUCGAUGAUCGCCUAUGGGGCGGCCAUCUCGGACUCGCCCACCGUGAGCUCGAACGUUGACUGGCGGUUUGGCACUCGAGGCAUCGACCUGAUGCUCACCUCCAGCCGCGAAUUCGCCAGCCGCCAGACCGCCUCACAGGAAGCCCACUUCGAGCGGUCGGCGUACAUCACCGGCGCCCAGCACGUCCUCGAGGGCCUGCCGCGGGACCUCAGCGCGGCCGAGGCAACCACCCUGCGCCGCGGGUUGCCGGAUUCGGUACUCCGCCCCGACUCGGCACCCUCUUGGUGGUGGAGAAGGCCCCGUGGGCAGCAGAACGUGGUGCACAGCCUCGUCGUCGGCUUGCUGUACUGGCUGUGCACCCUCGCCGUGUGGUUGGAGUUUGUGGGCGUCAAGGUGAUCGCGGCAGAGCGGCGGUACGCCUAUGGUCAGUGGCUGCUGCUGGAGGGUGUUGGCCUGGCAUGCGCUGUUGUUCAGACGCUGCGCUGGUGGAGUGAGUUUUGGCCGUGCCAGGUUUUGUUGGCGAUGAUGAAGUACGUCGUCAUCGGGGUUUUGGGGGCGUUUAUCGAGGUUUGGCAGCCGCCUGUCGCUAGGGAGGGAGGUACGGCAGGGAAUAUUCCUACUGUACAGGAACUUGGGGAGGCAGGCGCUCUCGUACCUCUGGCAUUGCAAGGUAGAUUGCCCGUGCAAGCCGUCGCGGAUUCCUCGCACUAGGGUGUGUGGCAUGGUAUUAGAUAAAAUCAUAAUAAUAAAGUUUAAACCCA